CCCGAUUUCAUGUUUUGGGCCAAGCCCAUUCUAGCUCGGCCCAUUUGGCCCAUGAGAAAACCCUAACCCUAGUGCCCCUCUAUAAAUAGCAGCCCUCUCCUAGCAAGUGGAGGCAUUUUUGCACUCCCACCCCUCAAUUUUUCCCAGCCGCCACAGCCAUUCUUCCUCCCUGUCUUCUUCUCUCACGCAGCAGCUCCCCCAUUCCUCCUACACGGCAGCAGGCAGGGAGCCGAGCUCCAAGCCCCCAUGCCGCCGAGCUCCUCCCAGGGCGCUGGCCCCUCUCCCAUGGUCAGCCCUCUGCUCCCUGCGCUCGACGCCCCUGCAGCAGGGCGCUCCUUCUUCCUCGGCGCGCUGAAGCUUUCCCCCAUGGCAGCAAGCUCAAGUUUCUCCCAUGGCGACUUCCCAUGUUCUUCCCUGCUCGGCCAGCAACCAGGGCAUCCAAAGCCUCUGUGCUCGGCGUCCUUCUUCCACCUUCGGCCGACCUCCACCUUCCUGCUCCAUGGACGCCCAACAGCAGCGCCCCUCCCUCUCCUCCACAGCAGCAGCAGCUCGACCCUCCUCUCCUCGCUGGCGCAAACCUCUCCCAUGGCGCGCUGCAGCAGACGCCCUGGAGCAUCCCCGCCAUGGCUCGCGACCCGGCUUUUUCCCUGCAUGCGUGCUGCUGCGCAGUGCGCCGUUGACGCUCGCUGUGUGCUCGACGAAAUGCGCAGCAAGCCACGCGUCAUCGAUUUCCUGCAGCAGCCCCGGCGUCUCCGCGCUCUGUGGGCUUGCUGUUUUAUAAGGCGCAGUGAACAGCACGCCGUCGACACUCGCCGAUUGUUUGCUGUUUUUGCGCAGCCCCAUCGUCGUCGUCGUUCACCCCGGUGAGACCGCGACGCUCCGUGUUCGAUUCCGCAUCGACAUUAUUUUCCUAUGAUUAAUUAUGUAUGUGUGCUGCUUUGUUUUAUUUUUGUGGAGGAGAGAACCCCGUGUUUUGCGUGGAGAAGAAGGCAAGCCGCUCGACGCUCGUCGAUGUGCGGAGCGAUGCACAAAGCCGAAUCGCCAUCGUCCUCACAAACACCGUUUGGUUUUGUUUAUGGUGAGCCGAUGCAUAUCGCUCUCGAUCGACUCGAUUAAUUAUUUUGAAUGGAUGUGUGUAAAAUGUUUCGAUUAUGCACAUUGGUAGGAUCGCGUUUGCGAUUGGAGAACAAGAGGUUCGAUGCGUGCGAUUUGUAGUUGUCUAAUUAUGUUUUGGUCGAUGUGGUGCAUGUUUAAAAAUUGUGUUGGUAUGGAUUGAAUUUUGCGUAGAGAAGAAAACGAAGAAGAAAGGAA